AUGGCGAACGACGUUAGACAAUACCCCGUGCCCAGCCUGUUGACAUCGGCCUACAUCGCGUGCACCAGAGAUCAGCGGAAAUACUUCGACGAGUUGGGAACGCCGAACGUCGACCCGCGGAAGUGCUGUCGGACGAUUUUAGAAGUGAUAAGGUUGAACAAGAUCGUCGGCUUCGACCCGCGCGGCCAGAGACGGUCGAUGUUCGCCAAAGUGCAGCACAUCGUGGCGAAUGCGACUAACCGCCGCCGCCACCGACGACGACGACGACGACUGACGGCCCAUAUAUGCGAGGUGGCCGCGUGUCACGGCCAUACGGAUUGUAUGGAGUUGGCCCGUUCGAUCGGCGUGCCGUGGCGCCGUCCGUCCGGGACGUCUAGGUCGGCGUGCGACUGGGCCGCGAUCAACGGCCACCUGCCGUGUCUCGAGUACGCGUUCCGGAACGGAAGUCGGCGGGACAAGAGGACGUGCGCGGGAGCCGCGGCCGACGGCCAAUUGCGCACGUUACGGUUCCUCCACGAACACGGCUGUGAGUGGGCCGCCGAUACGUGUGCCCUGGCCGCGGGACACGGCCAUCUCGACUGCCUCCGGUACGCCCGGGAAAACGGAUGCCCGUGGGACGCGGACGCGUGCUGUAACGCUGCGGGACACGGGCAACUGCAGUGCCUUAUGUACGCGCGCGAGAACAACUGCCCGUGGGACAGGAGGACUUGUGCUGCGGCUCUAAUCGGUGGCCGCGCCGAUUGCUUUAGGUAUGCGAUGCACAACGGAUGUCCUCCGAACCAGAAUUUGGAUCUGUUUGAUUAUUAG